CUUCACUUGGUUCACUGGAACUCGACAAAGUACAAAACCUUUGGGGAGGCGGCAGGGUCACAUGACGGACUGGCUGUGGUCGGUGUGUUCCUGGAGACUGGAGAUAAACAUGCCGAUAUGCACAAAUUGACAGAUGCCUUGUACAUGGUUAAAUUCAAGGAAACAAAGGCUCCGUUUAAGGACUUUGACCCACAGUGCCUGUUGCCGAAAUGCAAGGAUUACUGGACAUACGCCGGCUCUCUGACCACACCACCCCUGAAUGAGAGUGUGACCUGGAUCAUCUUCAGGGAGCCCAUCAGCCUGUCCGAGAAGCAAGUGAGUGGCCAGUGUUUCUCCUGGAUACUCCAG